CCUCUACUCAAAUUCUAAAAAAAAAUGGUGGUCGCUCAGAAAUUGAAGGAAACGGAGGUCACCGAACAGGAUUCUCUUCUUCUGACAAGGAACCUGCUACGCAUAGCAAUAUUCAAUAUCAGUUAUAUCAGAGGCCUCUUUCCAGAUAACUACUUUAGUGACAAGGGUGUGCCAGCCUUAGAGAUGAAGAUCAAAAAGCUUAUGCCAAUGGAUGCAGAGUCUAGAAGACUAAUUGACUGGAUGGAGAAAGGUGUGUAUGAUGCUUUGCAGAAGAAAUAUCUCAAGACACUAAUGUUCUGCGUGUGCGAGACAGUAGAAGGGCCAAUGAUCGAAGAAUACACCUUUUCUUUCAGCUACUCUUCUGACAGUCAAGAGGUUUCUAUGAAUAUCAAUCGAAUUGGAAACAAAAAGCAAGGGGAAACAUUUAAGUGUAACUCCAUGACAGAGAUUACCCCAACUCAGAUGAAGAGUUCUGCUUGCAAAAUGGUCCGUACACUGAUUCAACUGAUGAGAACUCUAGAUAAGAUGCCUGAAGAGCGCACCAUUUUGAUGAAACUCCUCUACUAUGAUGAUGUCACGCCUGCUGAUUACGAGCCCCCAUUCUUCAGAGGCUGCACAGAUGAAGAAUCUCACACUGCUUGGACCAAAAAUCCUUUGAGAAUGGAGGUUGGCAAUGUCAACAGCAAGCAUUUUGUGUUAUCUCUGAAAGUUAAAAGUGUGCUUGAUCCUUGUGAGGACGAUAACGUGAGUUUGGAAGCAGAUUCAAUGCAUAGAGAUGAGGACAGUGAAGCUGAUAGCGAGGAUAGCAUGUCUGAUGAUGACUACAUAGUGGCACCAGCAGAUAAGCAAAAAGAGAAACAAGACGAAGCCAUGGUUGAUGAAGAAGAUACUCAGGAUCCUGCUGAAGAUGAACAGCAACUAAACCGUGUGAGGGAUUGGAUCAAUGGAUAUCAUCUAGAAAGUGUUGAUGUCACUGAUGCCCUCUCAAAUUUCCCUGACAUCUCAGUGGUUUUGAUUGAAGAAAUUAUGGACAAGCUUGUUGGUGAAGGCAUUCUCACAAAAGAUGGAAAGGACAAUUUCAACAUCAGUAGGCUGAAGAAGAUGGAAUAUGAAUUUGAUGCUGUGAAAGAAGAAACUGAUGGCCGGUUUGUAGUCAACAAGAAAAGUCCAUCUGCCUAUCUCGACGGUCAUAUGUACAUGAAGGCACUUUAUCAUGCUCUUCCGUUAAACUACAUCACUGCUUCUACACUUCAAAGCAAGCUUGGUGGAGAGGCCAACCAAACUACUGUGCGCAAGUUAAUGGACAAAAUGACCAAAGAGGGAUAUAUUGAAUCAACGAGCAACCGUAAGCUAGGAAAGCGUGUGGUUCAUUCUGAUGCAACCAAGAAGAAACUUGCUGAAGUGCGGAAAGUCUUGGACAUGGAUCCUAUGGUGGACACAAAUGAAACAAAUAAUAAAUCCAACUAUCUGGAGAACCAAACAGGGACCAACCGUAGGGACACAUCCACAUGCGGUGCAGUCCAUUCCAUUGGAUCAGAUCUCACACGCACUAAGGGUAAAUCUGAUUUGCAUCAAAAUGGUUCCAACAGUAGCGAGGCUACAAUGUCCAAGUUAAGAGAGAAUGGACACAGCACCCCAACAAGCAAUCAGCCAAUAGCUUCGAUUGAGAGCCACGCAGUAUGGGAUGAGAAGGGUAGGGCUGGAAAUGUCAAUCAGGAUGAUAUAAUGGAUACUAUUGUUUGUAGUGGCCGGUCCAGCGUUGACAAACGUUGCCGCAAAACUAGCACGGUGAAGGAGCCUAUUCUCCAGUACAUGAAACGCCAGAGAUCUCAGUGAAGUGUUAGAGUGAAAAUAUAUGAUGACAUCGUGAGAUUAUUAGUUGUCUUUUCCACUUUGUCAAUUUAUUGGAAUAUACUAGAGAGAUGUAUAAGUGAGCAUAGCCUUUACUUAUUUUACUUUAGUUAAGCUUGAUCGAUGUAAUGGAUAUAUUACAUAUUCGCAUAUAAAGGUUUAUUAUGACAGUCGUUUCAUUUGUUA